AUGUUUUCUGUAUUGGAUGAAAGUGACAUGUCUAUCUUUGCGUCUAUAGCUCACCAACUGUGUAAGAGAAGAAACCUUUAUGUCUUUGAACGUAAGUUUGAAGCCCCUGAGACAGUGGUGAAAACUGCCACUCAGAUAGCACUAGAGUACAAGGAAGCAAACAGCAUCCAGGGGAGUAAAAUCAAACCAGCAGCUUCCUCGGCUCAGAGCUGGUCAACCCCUCCUUUGCACGUUUUUAAGGCCAAUUGGGAUGCCUCAAUAGAUAAAAUGCAAUGCAGAGUGGGAGUAGGAGUGGUGGUUAGAGAUUGGAAUGGUCAAGUGGUUGCUACUCUCAGAUCCCAAAGGGAUCUAUUCCCUGAUCCUUUGUUAGCUGAAUCCAUUGUAGCCCUUAAAGCAGUCAUCCUAUGUAACCAACUGAACAUGCAGGACAUAAUUCUAGAGGGAGACUCUCUCAAUGUGGUUCAAAUGAUCAAGGGUGAAGAGAAGAACUGGAGCUGCACAGGAAUGAUCAUUCAAGACACCAGAACACUGCUUAAGAAAAUGAAAAACUGGUCUGUGAUGCAUGUGUCUAGGAAUUUUAACAGUAUUGCCCAUUGUUUAGCUAAGGAUGCACUUAAACUCUCUGAGGAGAGCAUCAGUUUGGAGGGAGUCCCUCCUUGUAUCCAACAUUUGCUAAUCUAA